GCCCGGGUGCCGGGGAGCGCCGUGGGUGCUGCCCUUCCACCUUUCCACAUGAAAUUCCCAUUCCACCCAUCCCGCAGCCCAAAGGUGCUGCCGAGGGGGGUCAGCCCUGCCCAGCUCACCUGGAGCGGGGUUUGGAGGUGCCUGUGCCAGCCGGGGCCGCGCAGCUCCCGGGCUCCGCCUCGCAGAGCUCCUCAUCCCGGGAGGAAGGCUGGGCUCGCCCUCCCAGCCCGGCCUGCGGGACAACCGCAUCCCUCAGGGCUGUAAUUUCCCGGGUUUAUAUUUAGCGGAGCAGGGAUAUAAAGGGGGCGCGGGCCGCCGGAGCCGCGGGGUCCCUCUCCGAGCCCACCAUGGACACCUCGUACCCGCGGGAGGAGCGGCCGCGCCCCAAGCAGGGGCCGCCCCCCGCCGCCCCCCAAGCGCCCCGCGACCACCUGCUCUGGGCCAUCUUCAACACCCUCUACAUGAACUUCUGCUGCCUCGGCUUCGUGGCGCUCGCCUUCGCCGUCAAGGCUCGGGACAGGAAGGUGUCCGGGGACGUGGAAGCCGCUCGUCACUUCAGCUCCAAGGCGCGGUGCUACAACGCGCUGGCCACGGCGGGCAGCGUGGUGCUGCCCCUGCUGCUCGGGGCCCUCAUUGUCACCGGCGUCAUCCACCUCUCCAAGCUGGCCCAGGACUCCGUGGGCUUCUUCACCUACCAGCUCAGCGGCAGCGACGACGAGGACCAGUGACCCCGGGUGGUGGCACCUCCUCUGCUCCCAAAAGGCCACCACCCUGUCUGUCACCCCACCCCCCAAACCCCGUUAUUUUUGUUUAUCCUGUGGGAUUUUUUACCUCCUGUUAUCCCGUGUGGAGCCCCAGUUUCCGUGGUUGCUAUUUAAAUAAUUAAACGCUUCACACAGCGCGAGUUUCUGCGUGUGGGAAGGGGCAGGGGGGUGCCAAAGGGAAAACAUAAAUUGGGAUUUUUGGCUCUGAUGGGGCUCCUGGCAGCCAGGAGACACCAUUGUUCCCACAGCCUUUAGGGCCACCUUUGGCCCCAGGACUGAGGAGGGGAGGAAGCAGAGACGCUCCUGGGCCUCGUGGGGGCAGGGUGAAGCAAAUGGGGUGUCCCCUCCCCACCCCAAAUGGAGCUGAGACCUGCAAACCCAUUGCAGCAACACUGACACCCCCAGCCAGGACAGGGGAGGGUCGGGAAGCACCCGCAGUGCUCCCUGCUCUCCAUGCCUGGGCUGGAGACGGCUCAUUUUGGGAUAAGGGACCCCUUUUUUGAGGCUGAACCCCUUUCAGUGCCGACUAGCCCUGGCUCCAGCGGGGCUGCAUCCCAGCCCCAUCCAAAUCCCAACCCCGGUGCAGUGCACAGGGCUGGGGACAGCACGGUCCCUUUGUCGUGCCAAGAGCUGCCGCUAAUUAGGGGCUGGCGGCUCUGAUGAGGCUGGAGCAGGACCCGAGUAAUUACAGGGCAGCGGGAACGUCCCUGCUCCAGCCCUGAGCAUUCCCAGAUGCCUCGGGGCACGGAGCAGCCGCGGGGCUUUUUAUAAACCGGGCCGAGAUUCCUGGGGUUGGUUUGGCCGGGACAGAGCCCUCGGGGCAGGGAACGCCCCCGGCAUUCCCUGAAUCCCACCCAGGAUAGGACACGGAGGGGAGGAGGAUGUGCAGCCCAGAGCCAGGGGCUGGGAGCACCGAGCCCGCCCUGG